CCCGCACCCCGAGGGCGAGCGGCUCAUGUGCGAGCGCAGAACGUUACCCCGAGAGACGCGCAUGCGCACGGGCGCUGGCCGCGGUGACGUAACCGCGCGGCAGAGGGCGGGGACGGGGGCGUGGCGCGGGCUCCCGGAAGCGGGGACCAUGGCUGCUCUCCGCGAAGCGAGCCUGCGGAAGCUGCGGCGCUUUUCCGAGAUGAGAGGCAAACCUGUGGCAACUGGGAAAUUCUGGGAUGUAGUUGUAAUAACAGCAGCUGACGAAAAGCAGGAGCUUGCUUACAAGCAACAGUUGUCGGAGAAGCUGAAGAGAAAGGAAUUGCCCCUUGGAGUUAACUAUCAUGUUUUCACUGAUCCUCCUGGAACCAAAAUUGGAAAUGGAGGAUCAACACUUUGUUCUCUUCAGUGCCUGGAAAGCCUCUAUGGAGACAAGUGGAAUUCCUUCACAGUCCUGUUAAUUCACUCUGGUGGCUACAGUCAACGACUUCCCAAUGCAAGCGCUUUAGGAAAAAUCUUCACGGCUUUACCACUUGGUGAGCCCAUUUAUCAGAUGUUGGACUUAAAACUAGCCAUGUACAUGGAUUUCCCCUCACGCAUGAAGCCUGGAGUUUUGGUCACCUGUGCAGAUGAUAUUGAACUAUACAGCAUUGGGGACUCUGAGUCCAUUGCAUUUGAGCAGCCUGGCUUUACUGCCCUAGCCCAUCCAUCUAGUCUGGCUGUAGGCACCACACAUGGAGUAUUUGUAUUGGACUCUGCCGGUUCUUUGCAACAUGGUGACCUAGAGUACAGGCAAUGCCACCGUUUCCUCCAUAAGCCCAGCAUUGAAAACAUGCACCACUUUAAUGCCGUGCAUAGACUAGGAAGCUUUGGUCAACAGGACUUGAGUGGGGGUGACACCACCUGUCAUCCAUUGCACUCUGAGUAUGUCUACACAGAUAGCCUAUUUUACAUGGAUCAUAAAUCAGCCAAAAAGCUACUUGAUUUCUAUGAAAGUGUAGGCCCACUGAACUGUGAAAUAGAUGCCUAUGGUGACUUUCUGCAGGCACUGGGACCUGGAGCAACUGCAGAGUACACCAAGAACACCUCACACGUCACUAAAGAGGAAUCACACUUGUUGGACAUGAGGCAGAAAAUAUUCCACCUCCUCAAGGGAACACCCCUGAAUGUUGUUGUCCUUAAUAACUCCAGGUUUUAUCACAUUGGAACAACGGAGGAGUAUCUGCUACAUUUCACUUCCAAUGGUUCGUUACAGGCAGAGCUGGGCUUGCAAUCCAUAGCUUUCAGUGUCUUUCCAAAUGUGCCUGAAGACUCCCAUGAGAAACCCUGUGUCAUUCACAGCAUCCUGAAUUCAGGAUGCUGUGUGGCCCCUGGCUCAGUGGUAGAAUAUUCCAGAUUAGGACCUGAGGUGUCCAUCUCGGAAAACUGCAUUAUCAGCGGUUCUGUCAUAGAAAAAGCUGUUCUGCCCCCAUGUUCUUUCGUGUGCUCUUUAAGUGUGGAGAUAAAUGGACACUUAGAAUAUUCAACUAUGGUGUUUGGCAUGGAAGACAACUUGAAGAACAGUGUUAAAACCAUAUCAGAUAUAAAGAUGCUUCAGUUCUUUGGAGUCUGUUUCCUGACUUGUUUAGAUAUUUGGAACCUUAAAGCUAUGGAAGAACUAUUUUCAGGAAGUAAGACGCAGCUGAGCCUGUGGACUGCUCGAAUUUUCCCUGUCUGUUCUUCUCUGAGUGAGUCGGUUGCAGCAUCCCUUGGGAUGUUAAAUGCCAUUCGAAACCAUUCGCCAUUCAGCCUGAGCAACUUCAAGCUGCUGUCCAUCCAGGAAAUGCUUCUCUGCAAAGAUGUAGGAGACAUGCUUGCUUACAGGGAGCAACUCUUUCUAGAAAUCAGUUCAAAGAGAAAACAGUCUGAUUCGGAGAAAUCUUAAAUACAAUGGAUUUUGCCUGGAAACAGGAUUGCAAAUGCAGGCAUAUUCUAUAGAUCUCUGGGUUCUUCUUUCUUUCUCCCCUCUCUCCUUUCCUUUCCUUUUGAUGUAAUGACAAAGGUAAAAAUGGCCACUUCUGAUGGAAAAAAAAAUAUUCAGAAUUAAAUUCAGGAAAGAGAUGCUGUUUUAGGUGUUUUGUACUAUUACAGCUUUGGGUUUUUUUUUUUUGUAAAAAUAAAUUUAUGGGAUACUGUUUCACAUAAUAACCAUUCCUGUUUUAGACCAUGAUUUUCUAAACAUACUUUAAAAUUUUUUCUGUCUUUUGAAGUUUGGUCUAAUAAAGCUCUGGAGGUACUGAUGAUUGUAUCACUUUACUUAUCACAGUGAGAUAACACCUAACAAAAACAUCCUUUUAAAUUUUUUAAGAGACUCAUUCUUUUGUUGUGCAUUCUUCUUUUAAUUUUGUUUUGUUUUUAUUUUAUGUGCAUGAGUGUAUUACCUACAGGUAUGCAUGUGUAACACAUACAGGGCCCACAGAGGUUAGAACAGCUGCUCUCAAACUGUGGGUCACAACCCCUUUCACAGGAUCACCAAAGGCCAUCAAAAAUAUUAACAUUACAGUUCAUAAGAGUAGCAAAAUUAUAAUUAGGAAGUAGCAGCAAAAAUAAUUUUAUGCUUGGGGGUCACCAGAACAUAAGUAACUGUAUUAAAGAGUCACAACAUUGGGAAGGUGGAGAAACACUGGGCUAGAAGAAGGCAUUGCAUCUAUUGGGACUGGAAUCAAAGCUUCAUACUCGGAAAAUGCUAUACGAUGUCUGUGUCCCACAGAUCUUGCCAAAUGGGAUAAAAUGAAUUAUUUUAUUCUUACCAAGUUGAACAUGUGUUGCCGUAUUUUGUAAACUACUGUUGCAUUACACUGGGAAAUAUGUAUGGGAGGAACUCAGUUUAUUUGCUUAGAAGGUGAUAGUUGAGAGCCAGUGCUCACUUCACCACGGGCAUUUCUUAACCCACUCUUAAUCAUUCCCACAAAUGUUCCUUGACUUGCUUUACAUAAUUUUCUGUGCAUACUGAUGGCGAAGCUGAGAACAAACAGUUGGCACAAAGAGGAGGAAAUACAGACUCUGGGAUAAUACCUAGAUCAUAAACAACUUCAGGGAAAUGAAACGUUGGUGGAACUCCAGGUUAUGUGCACCUAUUUUGAAAUAAACACAUUAGUGAAAUAGGUUGAAGUUUAAUAGAAGCAAGACUUGUCAUACUUGUGUUUAAAUUACCUUAAGUAAACCAACAACUGUUGUGCCAAUUAAAUGUUUUUUUUUCAAAAAAGUAUAUGAUAAACAAGACAAGUGUCAAAACCUCUGUUCUGUAUUAUUUAUAAAUGAAUAUGUAUUUGUCUUUUUGAGCUUCCCAGGGAUAAGUAAAGUAUGUGUGAUACUUUUAUUGAUUUGCUACAGAGAUGUCAAUGGAUGCUGAAUGUUUUUAAAUGCACAUACUAAUAUACCCGAAAGUUCUGUCAAGGAUUAGAAUCAUGAUUUAAUCUUCUAAAAAUAUUAAUAAAGAAUACCAACACUUC